AUGUGUUAUCUCAUGCUGCAGCGAUGAACGGUCCAAACGUUUCUUGGGGACUAAGAAAAAUGAUAAAUCGUUAUAAUAAAGCAGAACAAUUCGCAAAUAAGUUGCAGACAGCUUUUAAAGAAAAUGGGUGGAGGCCCUGCAUGAUUUUAAUUGGUUCGCAUUAUAGGAAAGGGGCGGGGCCUCUGCUGGCUCGUUUGGCUCCUCUGUGAUGAGAUGCAGCUGCAGGAGGAGAGAGGCUGCUGCUGUCUGAGAAGGAGGAGAGCUGAAGAGGAUGAGAAGUUAGUCUGCGUCGCACUCAAGUUCAAGAAAAACUGCCGUUCAACAAUGUUCCUCACUUUUGACUAAUUGAGAGCCACACUAGAGCACUUUUAUAUCCAGAACCCAUUUUUGCCCCUCUUGUUUGCAUGCCUUUAAACCUUAAUUACAAAGGUGAUUAAAGCAGGAAGAUGUUCUGCUGCUGGUUAAAAUUGACACUUUGCCUUCUCGGGCUCAUAACUACGACCUCUGCCUCACCUGACGUUGCACCGGUGGAUUUUGGAGGCGAGUCCGGCUCCGGGAUGCUGCAGACAGAUGAGGUGAACAUUCUGCAGGAGCUUUCUCUUCAGAUGUCAAACAGCAGUAACGCCUCAGUGACUGUGGAUGACAGCAGGUGUCCAGUCCUACAAGUGGGACAGUACUCCACCUUGGCUCUCUCUCUUCAACAUCUCCUCACUGACGGGUUUGCAGAUGAGUUCAGUUUACUGGUGCAGCUGCGGAGUCCUCAGAGAGAUGAACGCAGUGUCUUCACCAUGCUCAGCCCCGACAGCAACGUUAUGGUGCAGCUGCGUAUCAGUGCUUACGCCAUCAUCUUCAUAGGAACACAGCAGCGACACUAUGAGUUCCCAGUCAGCGGUCUGUCUGAUGGAAAGUGGCACCAUGUGGCCGUCAGUGUGUCUGCCAAGCGGCUGGCGCUGUAUGUGGACUGCUCUCUGCUGGAGAGUGUGGACUGGGUGUACCACGGCAUGGGGAUCAGCAGCGAUGGGCUGCUCAUGGUUGGAGGCAUCAUCGAGGGCUUUGAGACUCCAUUUGAAGGUCAUCUCCGACAGCUGAGCUUCCUGAUGGGCGACCCAGAAGCAGCCCAGCAACACUGUAGCCACCACCUGCCCCGCUGUGGUGAGAGCGCCCCCAAGUCUCCUCGCUCCCCACGCACUGACAACGCCAGGGAGAAUAUACUGCUGUCCUCAAAUGACCUGGAGGACCUGCUGGGGAAUCCCAAGGACGAGUCAUUGUUGAGCUUUGGCAGAACUAAUCUGUUUCUGCGCCGAGGGAGUUCUCGAGGGGACGGGACGGUACCUUCAGGAUCCAAUCGGAAAGGUUCAGUAGGUCGUGGGGAUGUCUUUGUAGUGGACGAGGACACCGACUUGUUGGAUCCCACCUUCCAAAUUGGUGGACAAGUCAACCCUCAGUGGAAACCUUCCAGAAAUGGACUUAAAGGAACCCAGAAAGGAAAGCCUGAACUGUCCUCUAAACAGUUGGAGGAGAACAUUACCACAGACAAGAAGGCUGACUCCGGUGGGAGGACGUCACCACUUUUCCCCGGAAAACCAUCCGGGGACAUCAUUGACCUGGACGUCGGAGGUGCCCCCAAAAAGCCCUCACUGGGAUUUCCUGUACCUAAGAUCCCUUCAGAUCCCAGAACGUCCACCGACUCUGGGACAUCUGCAAAGGCAGUAGCUGAGGAGGGGAGACCCAUCACCAACGGUAAACAACCAGACAAUGAGCGCCAUGCCAUUGUGACCAUUGUAUCCAAAGAAGAAAACCUGGUCCUGGGCUCAGAUGGCAAAAUGUACCGGCUCCAGAGAGGACCAAUGGGCCGAAUGGGUCCCCCAGGGCAGGAAGGCUGUCCUGGUGAGCCUGGCCUGCCUGGGUUUAAAGGUGAUAAGGGUAAGCUUGGUCCUGAAGGGCGUCCAGGAAAAACAGGGGAGCCAGGACCUCCUGGACCGUCAGGUUUGCCAACUUUCUACCUGUGGAAGAACACAGCGGAGGAAUGGGCUGCCUUUCAGCAAACCAGUUUCUACCAGUUACUUCAUGCUGGUUGGCCUAGAAAAGAAGGCCCUCCAGGACCACCUGGAGAGAUGGGCAAGCCCGGCAUACAGGGACCACCUGGUUACGCUGGGGAGCGAGGACGACCAGGGAUGCCAGGAGAGAUGGGCGAGCGGGGUCUCCGGGGCCCUCCAGGACGAGCCGGGGCCCCAGGGAGAGACGGGGAAAAUGGAGAAGAUGGUCAGCCCGGGUCACCUGGUGAUCCUGGAACGCCGGGCCUGUGGGGAUACAGAGGAGAACGAGGGUCCGAAGGGGAAAAAGGUGAUGAGGGUCUCAUAGGCCUCCAGGGACCAAGAGGAGAAAUUGGUGAACCUGGUGAGAAGGGCUCUACUGGUUUACCAGGCCCACCUGGUCCUGUCGGACCACCAGGGCCUCAGGGGAACCGAGGGGGCCAAGGGCCAGAGGGGCCCCAUGGGCCUGAUGGGGAGAGGGGACUGGACGGUCCUCCAGGUCUGCCAGGGCCGACGGGCGCAGCAGGUAUCACAGGAAGAGUUGGCGCUCAAGGAGUUAAUGGCUCAAGGGGAGACAUGGGACCUGCUGGCAGUGUUGGUCCCAAAGGCCCACAGGGGCCUCAGGGUUUAGAGGGACAGAUGGGACCUCCAGGACUCAGAGGACCCCAAGGACAUCCAGGACUGAUUGGUGCUCCUGGACCUAAAGGAGAUCCUGGGCCUGUGGGGCCCCUGGGCCCCCGAGGGGAUCCAGGCUUUGAGGGGCCCACGGGUGCUGCAGGGAGACAGGGUCCUAUUGGUUUUCCCGGGCUAAUGGGUAACAGGGGACCAGAUGGGGACAAGGGGGAUCCAGGACCUAAAGGCGACAAAGGUAUUCUGGGGGCAGCAGGUAUUAGGGGUCCUCAGGGAGAGAGGGGCCCCACCGGCUCCCCAGGUUUUGCAGGCACCGAGGGCCGGCCUGGCCCCAAAGGCACUGAGGGCACAAAUGGAGAAACUGGUCCUCAGGGAAAACAGGGCAGCGGUGGGUUAAAGGGAAACAGGGGACCAGAUGGACGUAACGGCAAACCAGGACCCAGAGGGAACAAGGGCCAACCUGGACAGAGGGGCCACACUGGCCAACCGGGUCCAUCGGGUUUGCCCGGGUCACCUGGACCAGAGGGAGCAGAAGGAAAGCCUGGUACACAGGGCCCCUCAGGUGCAGCUGGCAGCACUGGCAGUAGAGGGCUGAUGGGUUUUCAAGGAAUUCCUGGAGAGAGAGGAGCAGAUGGCCCACCAGGUUCACCGGGGCCACCAGGGAAACCAGGACCUCCAGGAUCACCCGGACCCCCAGGGGACAAGGGUUUCACAGGGAAGCCAGGCAUGGAGGGACCUCAGGGCCCAGUAGGCAUGUAUGGUGUCCAGGGGAACGUGGGCAUGCGUGGGCCUCCCGGGUUUGUAGGAGAACGGGGUGAGCCAGGUUUACGAGGUUUACCUGGGCCUGUUGGGAAGCCAGGACCUGCAGGACUGCCAGGUCCUUCUGGAGACAAGGGGCCCCGGGGACCUCAGGGUCGCCCUGGAGACGAAGGAUCCAAAGGGAUACAGGGCCCACCUGGCCCUCCAGGUCUCCCAGGUGGUGAUGGAGCAGCUGGAAAACCUGGACCUAGGGGAAGCCAAGGGCCCCCAGGAACUCCAGGGCCACAAGGGCCAGCAGGAAUCCCAGGCCCACAGGGUGCUGCUGGGAUGUUAGGGGCAGCAGGGGAAAGAGGAGACAAGGGUUUACCUGGCUUGCUUGGUGAUGCUGGCCCCACCGGACAAGACGGACAACAGGGUCUCCCUGGCCAAACAGGAAAUGAAGGCCCACCUGGACAGAAAGGAGAUCAAGGGGACCAAGGGUCUUGUGGGAAACUUGGUCCUCCAGGGUCUCCAGGAGAGAGAGGACAUGAGGGCCCAAAAGGCUUACAGGGACCAUCUGGACAAGUGGGAGGAGAGGGUGAUGUCGGGCAUCCUGGUGAACCUGGAGAUCCUGGAUCCGAAGGGGAUAAGGGUGAGGUGGGGCCUCCAGGUUUGUCUGGUCGAGAGGGCCCUUGGGGAGAUCUGGGAGAAAACGGCGAAAGGGGCCCAAAGGGGGAAAAGGGCCACAAUGGACUAAUGGGUGAACCGGGGCUGAUGGGUGAGGUGGGACCUGCAGGUCUGGCGGGGUUACAGGGAGUCACAGGCUCUCGGGGACUCCCGGGGCCAGAUGGACCUCAGGGCCAGAAGGGGGAGUCUGGCUCUGUGGGAAUUACUGGACCUCCGGGGUCAGGAGGCCCAUGGGGAAUAACUGGCUCUCGUGGUGUCAGAGGAGACGCAGGGGGGCUGGGACCACCUGGUCCGGUAGGACAAGUUGGACCUCGGGGAGACCAGGGAGCUAAAGGGGAAGCUGGGCCACAGGGACUAAAGGGAGAGCCAGGAGCUCCAGGUCCACCAGGGGAACAGGGUGAGGAUGGUCUGCCAGGAAUCCAAGGUCCUCCGGCUCUGCCAGGGUUUGAGGGGCCUCCAGGAGAGAUGGGACCCCAGGGUAUCCCAGGUCCCCCAGGGGCUCCUGGAGUAAAAGGAAGAGCAGGACCUGAGGGGAACCAGGGCAUAUCAGGGGAGAAGGGAGACGAUGGCGAGAAUGGAUCACCAGGGAAGCCGGGUCAUGUUGGAAAGAGGGGGAAACGGGGGAAGGCCGGAGUCAGAGGGACCAGGGGAGACAGAGGACCCAAGGGCCAAAAGGGAGACUCAGGGCUGGUCGGCCUCCCUGGGUGGCCAGGGCUCAUCGGAAUCGUAGGCUUACGUGGAGAGCCAGGGGAUCAAGGUGGAAAGGGGAAAGAGGGGGAGAAGGGAGACAUGGGACUGCCUGGACCACCUGGAGCUGAUGGCAUGAAGGGUAUUCGGGGUCCUGUUGGGUUGCCUGGUCCACUGGGCUUGAAGGGAGAGCAGGGAAAUAUUGGUCUACCAGGACCGAGGGGUACACCAGGGAUGCCAGGGCUGCCUGGUUUGUUUGGAUUAAAGGGUUUGAAAGGCUACCAAGGUUUCCCUGGUCUGCCUGGCAGGAGGGGGCUCCCAGGUCCACCUGGGCUUCCUGGACCCCCAGGACAGUCACUAAACAUGACGUUGACUCAACUCAAGGACCUGAUGUAUGUGUCCGAUAAGCCCAACUACCAUGUGGUCCAGACUGUGCUAGAUUCUCUUCAGCAGGAGCUUCGGCUGCUGCUGGAUCCCCCUGAUGGCAGUAAGGAGCACCCUGCCACCACCUGCCUGGAGCUCUGGCUCUGUCACCCCGAAUACAGCAGCGGAACGUAUUACAUUGACCCCAAUCAGGGCAGCCCAGCGGACGCUCUGCUGGCCUACUGCAGCUUCUCUUCCACAUCAAAACAGACCUGCCUUCAUCCUCGACACUCGCAGUUGCCCAUGAAAGCCUGGAUGGAAGAAUUUUCUGAAGAAGGAUCCUUUCAGUGGCUCAGCAAGCUGGAGCAGGGGUUUCAGUUUUACUAUCCAGGUGCUAAUGUGGUCCAGAUGCGUUUUCUGAGGUUGCACAGUAGCACCGCCGUCCAGAAUAUCACCCACUCGUGCCAGCCAGGACACAGACUGGGCCAGGCAGACAGAGAUGUCAAAUUCCUCACUGACUCCAGGAGGCAAAGUUACCUUGGAGCACUUAAAGACUGUGUGCCUGGAGAGGAGAUCCUUUCUGGACCUCGGGAGUCUGUGUUUGAGUUCGAGGACCUCCAUCUGCUCCCCCUGAGAGACGUAGCACCAAUGGGAGGCGGAAACUUCACACACCAGUUUGGCUUCACCAUCGGACCUGUGUGUUUCAGCUAGAAGUGCUAGAAAACGGUGCUGUCCCAGAAGACUCACAGGUCCAGGACACAUACCUCUGUUCAUUUCACGGACACCUAGCGGACAACUGGAACAGAAGAUGCCACUUCCUUUUUUUCUCCUUGUUUUCAGGGAAUUCAAUCUCUCAAGUUGAAUGACUCCGUAUUCAUGAAUUUUGGGAGGACACAAGCGUACCCAGGCUUUUUUUCACAGAGAAGUCAAAUUUGUUUACAGAGACGUUUAUCUUGUAUUGAAUAAUUUAAAAAUGUAUGUUUUUUUUUUUUUUUUUUUUUUUAAUCCUUUUAUAUACAUAUGUUUGAUUUUUGUUGUGUAUUUUGUGCUUUUGUCAUAGCCUGCCCAUUGUCUAUAUAAAAGCCAGACUGUCCUAGCUGACCUCUUAACAAUGUGUUCUGCAUGGGGACACAGCUACUGUGGUCCCAAAGGCCGAAUGUGACCCAGCGGCCAGUAAUCUCAGACUCUCUGUCCACUACUUUAGUACUGUAAGUGACCUCAGAUGUGGGUGUCACUUUUCUCAUGGUGCCGAUUACAUUUUAUAUUCUUUAAUCCUAAAAACAAUAGAAGUGGACAGUCACAUUGUCUUGGUGCUUCCAGUUGUCAACAGCACAUUUCCUCAUUUUGUUGUAAUACAAAACAUUGUUUGUUUUUUACAGUUUCAUGUUAUUGUAUGGGUUUUUUACGUCUCAGGUAUGAUACAUUCAUGAUAUACACGUGGGCACUGAAGCUGCUGAUGCCACAGUAUGUUGGUCAGUUUUGUAGUUUAGCAUUAAAACAAGACUUAGGAAAUGUUUAAAGAUAAAUCCAUGAAAAGACCAAAAUCAACACUGAAUUAGUUCAACCAACAAGUAUUGUGUGUAUCUAAAACCUCAUACUGUAUCUUCUUCCACCGUGCCAUAGAGCUACAUUGUUGUUCCAAAGUUCUU